AUGGAUCAAGGACAUGUGCUCAGUGAUGGAGAUCCCCUCAGCACAGUCAGGACCCUUGGUGGCCCCCCUGGCAGUGGAGAGCUGCUCAGCAGCUUGCUCAGCGCCGUGCAGGGGCUCACUGGCCUCCUGGGCUUGCUCGGUGUCGCGGUGGAAGUGAGCAUCACGUCAAGGGCCAGGCUCACCAUGGACGGCACCGGCUACCCCACGCUGGCGACAGAGAUGCGGCACCCUCCUCGGUGGCAGACUCCUGUGAGGGCUGUCAUGGGGAGCGUGGCUGGGGCCGGCUGGACCAUCGGCUGGCAGAGCCAGCAACUGCCCCCACGGGUGCCCGUGCCCCUGCUGCCACCCAUGGCAGCCACCGGCUCCGCGCGUCUGGGCACCUCCUUGAACCUCCUGAGCUUGGUCUCCCUCCUGGACACGCUCAUUGGCCAGGUUCUCGAUGUUGCCCUCGUGCCUGCAGUGGACGGGGCAGGAGGAGAAGCCCGGGGAGCGGGAUGCAGCGUGUCCGGCAGGAGGAGAGCCGGUGGGCACCGCAUCCAGGCUGAGCUGCUGGCCAGGGCCCAGCACGGCUACGUGCAGCGUGCGGGGUCAGGCUGGUGCAGGGUUCACACUUCACAGCCAGCGAGGAGGAACUAUCCCGCUUCAUCCUUCCCUGGACCUUCCUGGUUCCUGCAGCUCGGGUAUAUAAGGCUGCUCCUGCCAGCCAGCCCCGCAGAGCGGCCACGGCAGCAGCACCACUGCAGCAAAGGGCUCCAGGUGCUGGGUCAGAAGAUGCUGCGCUUCUGGUGUCUCGUCCUUGCCACAGGCCUCCUGCCCCCCUCCCAGGGCCUCCUCAACCUGGGCAGUGUCCUUGGGCUGAGCCCAGCGCAAUCCAAAGACGGUCUGCUUGGAACCGGUCUUGGCAGCGAAGGUCUCCUCAACCAAAAAAGUGGCUUGCUUGGCACAGGCCUCUUUGGUGAGGAUGGGCUCCCCGGUACCGGCAUCCUUAGCACGGGAAGUCCGAGUGGAAAAGGUAGCGGAGGUUCCAGUGAUGCAGGAAAAGAGUCCGGCAGCUCUGGGAUCCUCGGGACAGGCCUCCUAGGAGGACAACCUGGCAGCAGCGGUCUGCUCGGCACUGGCGUCCUUGGUGGAGAUGGGCUCCUUGGCACUGGUGUCCUUGGUGGAGAUGGGCUCCUUGGCACUGGCGUCCUUGGUGGAGAAGGCCUUGGCAAUGGUCUCGGCAGUGCCCUCCUUGGCAAUGCGAGCCUUCUUGGACAGAAAGGUUUGCUUGGCACAGAGCUGCUUGGAAAAGGAGGUCUCCUGGGCAAUGGAAGUCUCCUUGGUCUCGAUGGCGUGCUGGGUGCAGGAGGACUGCUGGGCGGUGGAGUCCCUGGCACACCAACACACUUCUCCUGGCUGAAGGUGCUGAACCUCGAGAACGUGCGAGUGUCCUGCAGGGUCGUUCACGGCAGCGAGUUUGUGCUGAGCCUGUACUCGAAGCUGGUGCUGCGCUUGCCAGGGAUUUUUCAGUUUCUGAGCGGCUCCUCGGUGGAGACAAACAUCACGUCCCACAUGGCGCUGACCCAGGACACCCCCGGGGACCUCAAGCUGGUGUCUAAGGAUUGCAGCAACCUGCUUGUGGGCUUCAAAGUCAACCUGCGGAGGGGGUGAGC